AGAAUGCUCCGGGUGACAUCAUGACAUUGCAGGACAAUGUCAUGAGAAUUACCCCAGUUUUAAAAGGUGAGAAUAUUUUUUUGAAGGGCUCAGGCUAGCUAAUUGUUCUUUUAAUUAAAGGUUGCAAACACCGUGCCCUCUUUUUUAAAACCUAAAUCUAAAAUUACCUAACUGUCGUCCAGUGCUCCACCCUCCGCCCCGCUCUUCCGCUACGACGCCAGAUUAUACCAAACAAAGAAUUUCAAGUUAGCGAAAAUGUCAAUAAAACCAACAGUGGCUUUGAGAGCCAUACUUGUAGGAGGAAUAGCGGCUUUUGCUAAAAUCGGUGGUGCCAUAAAAGCCGGAGGGGGAGCUAAAGUUGCAGCAGCAGCCGCUGCUGCUGCAAUGACAGCUGCAACAUCUGUAGCUGUUUCGGGAUCCAACAAGAACAGCAGGAUUCUGCUAAGCAAUUGCCAAAAUAACAAAUUUUGGCAACGCUAGCUAUUUGGUGGCAAAAUAGGCAUUAUGCGACCUAAACUCAAGUUUGAAGGUUUUGCAGCCUGUUGGGCAAAGCAACACAAUGUAGGAAUAAAAUGUAUUAUGAUUG